UUAUUUGCGGUAAUUGUGGCCACCAGCAUCACGCGAACUCCAAACUGCGUUGCUGGAAUAUCGCCACCUCAGACGUCCAGGCCACGCCGUCUUCGUGAUUGCAGGGUUGGGGGGAUUUAGAGAAAUGAGAACUUUGAAUACGAGUACGGAUCUGUUCGACCCGAGGACGGUGAUGGAGUCGGAUUUCUCGAGCGGUGUAUCGCCUGCGGACGCCGAUUUCGGGUUCGCUUUCAACGACAGCAACUUCUCGGACCGGAUGCUCCGGAUCGAGAUCCUGGGAGACCAGCCAGAGAACAGGCCCGAUUCGGAGGCGUGCAUCAGUAUUGCCGAUUGGGCACGGCACCGGAAACGGAGGCGAGAGGAUAUCAAGAAAGAAAACGUUCUAGAUCUCACUGCAGGACCGGAGGAGCAAAUUUUGAACGGUAACCAGCCUGAUAUGGAUGAUUGUGUGGUCUGUGAAAACCCUGAUGAGGAAGUAGUUGCAAUGAGUGAAGAAUCACCCUCAGGUGAUGAAGCUGGAAAUAGCAAUGAUUCAAGCUGGAGUAUGGAUUUUUCUACGGUUGUUAGAGUUAAAACAUUACAUAUCAGCUCUCCUAUUUUGGCUGCCAAAAGUCCAUUCUUCUAUAAGUUAUUCUCAAAUGGGAUGAGGGAGUCGGAGCAGCGACAUGUAACCCUUCGGAUCAAUGCCUCUGAGGAAGCUGCUCUCAUGGAGCUCCUGAAUUUUAUGUACAGUAAUACCUUAUCCGUAACUACAGCUCCUGGUUUGCUGGAUGUUCUUAUGGCCGCCGACAAAUUUGAGGUUGCGUCAUGCAUGAGGUACUGCAGUCGACUAUUGCGGAAUAUGCCCAUGACGCCUGAGUCUGCUUUGCUUUAUCUGGAGCUUCCUUCUAGCGUUUUAAUGGGUGAGGCAGUCCAGCCUUUGACAGACACUGCAAAGCAGUAUCUUGCUGCCCGCUAUAAGGAUAUGACCAAGUUCCAAGAAGAGGUGAUGGCCUUGCCCCUUGCUGGAAUGGAGGCAAUAUUGUCCAGUGAUGAUCUCCAGGUUCCAUCAGAGGAUGCUGUAUAUGACUUUGUGUUGAAGUGGGCUAGGGCUCAGUACCCAAAACUGGAAGAGCGGCGAGAAGUCCUGGGGUUACGUCUUGCACGCUUCAUUCGCUUCCCUUACAUGAGCCCCCGGAAGCUUAGGAAGAUCUUACUCUGUAGUGACUUUGAUCAUGAGGUUUCAACCAAGCUUGUGUUAGAGGCCCUCUUUUUUAAGGCCGAAGUCCCACACCGCCAACGCAUUCUAGCUGCAGAAGAGUCUGCCACCUCAAAUCGUCACACUGUGGAGCGGGCCUACAAGUAUCGGCCUGUUAAGGUGGUAGAAUUUGACCUUCCCCGUCAGCAGUGCGUGGUAUAUCUGGACCUGAAGCGGGAGGAGUGUGUAAAUUUGUUCCCUACUGGACGGGUGUAUUCUCAGGCAUUCCAUUUGGGUGGGCAGGGGUUCUUCCUGUCAGCCCACUGCAACAUGGAUCAGCAGAGCUCUUUCCACUGCUUUGGGCUGUUUCUAGGGAUGCAGGAAAAGGGGUCAGUGACUUUUGCGGUAGACUAUGAAUUUGCAGCAAGAUCGAAGCCAACAGAGGAGUUUGUUAGCAAAUACAAAGGCAACUACACAUUCACUGGGGGCAAGGCAGUUGGGUACCGAAACCUAUUUGCCAUACCAUGGACUUCCUUCAUGGCUGAGGAUUGUCUCUACUUUAUAAAUGGCGUCCUCCAUCUUAGAGCUGAGCUUACCAUCAGGCACUGACUCUUCUCCCUCCACCCUUCCGUUUCUCAAAUCUUUAGACUGAUUUGCCCCCUCCUAGUCGGUGGCCCUAACUUUAUGAAGACAAAAAAAAAAAAAAAAAACAAAAACAAACAAAAAACUUGUAAUAACCAGUAUUAUGCUCUCUAGAUACUUUUCGGUAGCAGGUUGAGUGAUGUUUUCAAAUAUUUCUCGUUCUGAGCCUACUACUUGUGCUCGCACAGGGAACGGGGAAAAGUGUAAAUGGGUUUGAGUAGUUUUUGUUGUAGAACUGUAUGAGAUAGCUUAUAGUCUCUUCGAAAUUUGUACUUUGUAUGUUGGUUGAGCUCAUGAAAUCUAUCAGAUGCGUAUAUGCUUGACGCAUUUUGGCGUU